CCUCUUCUUCUUCUUCUUCUUCUUCUUCACUCUCCAACCCAUAUUUCAAUUUCAGAAACCCUAAUUCACAUGGAACAUUGUCUCACCCACCACAAGCUCCUCCCUCUUCCGUCCCCAAUCUCCACCUUGAAGCCGCGAUCGACGGUCAAUUUCUCGCCCAAGUACCAGGCGUUGACCAGGAGGUUGACCGUGGUAGCCGGCGCCGGCGCGUCGAGCCACUGUGAGUUUAGUAGCCUGAACUCUCCGCUCGACCCGAGGACCCGAUCGGGCAAGGACCUGAGCUCGGUUUUGCAGAACCACCCGCAGCUGUUUCACUUGGCCGUCGCGCAGGAGCUGAAGCAGUUGGCUGAUGAGCGACAGGACGCGCGGUGUCGUAUGAAUCUCAGCGCUCAGUCUCAUGAGGCCUGCCUUCAUAGGAGGAUUGCUCAACUGAAGGAGCAGCAGUGCCAGAUUGCUGUUGAAGAUGUCAUGUACCUCUUGAUCUUUUACAAGUUUUCUGAGGUCAAAGUUCCUUUGGUUCCUAAACUUUCUAAAUGCAUCUACAAUGAUAGACUGGAGAUAUUGCCUGCAAAGGACUGGGAGCUAGAGUCCAUUUACAGCUUGGAGGUUUUGGAGAUGAUAAGGGAACAUGUCACCACUGUCAUUGGUUUGAGAGCAAAUUCUAGUGUCACAGACAAUUGGGCAAUGACAAAGAUAACCCGCCAGACGCUUGGCCGAGUAUAUGUGGCCUCCAUCUUAUAUGGCUACUUUCUGAAAUCUGUCUCAUUGAGGCAUCGCCUGGAACGGAGUCUAUUUCUUGAAAGCCAAGACCUUCAUCUGAGUUGUAGAACCUCCCUUCAGGAAAUGUCUCCUCAUGGAAUAAAAAGUCUUAUUUUUGGCCACGUUGGUAAAAUUCAAUCGGAGUGUGUAGGUUCAAAUAGGCUGGAAAAGACACACGGAAAGUUGAAGUGUUAUGUGAUGGGGUUUGAUCCUGAGACACUGCAGAGAUGUGCAAAAUUGAGAUCUGAGGAGUCUGUAGAUUUGAUUAAAAAUCACUGUUGUGCACUUUUUGGGGAUGAUGCGGAAAUGGGUUCACCUGAGAUAGAUGAAGUUAUCUCUACUUCCUUUUCGAGCCUAAAGAGGCUAGUUUUGGAGGCUGUUGCUUUUGGUUCUUUCCUUUGGGACACAGAAGAAUGCAUUGAUAGUGUUUAUAAGCUUAAGGAGAACUAACUAGAGGAUAUGAUAGGUUUUACAAAGUGACUCUUGCCUGUAAAUUACAAGGAUUGCGUACAAUGCUUUUGGCUCGUCUCUAAGACGCAAAGAUAUGUUAUUUCCCGUUGUAUAGUGCCUUCUUGUUUAUAAAUAAGAUAUAAUUUUGAGUU